GAAAUGGCUAUUAGAGCUCUCAAACAGACUGGGAGCAGAAGCAUUGAAGCAGCUUUGGAAUACAUUAGCAAGAUGGGAUACGUAGACCCUAGAAAUGAACAAAUAGUCCGUGUAAUUAAGCAGACUUCUUCAGGAAAAAGUAUAAUGCCAAGCAGUGUAAGCCGAAGGCCAAGUUUUGAAGGAACCCCUGAAUCUUUUUCACCUUAUCACCAGAUAACUAACCCAGCCUAUGAAGGCACUGGCUUUGGUGCUGAAUCUGCUAAUGUGAUCAGUGAGGUUCCCAGACCAUAUAUGGACUAUUUACUUUCUGCUUCUCAGUCUGCGACCAUGAAUGCUCCUGUACAAAGGCCACCAUGCUUAAGCUCCCACAACACUCCUGGCAACCUUCAACAGAAAGCUUACCCUACCAACAUGGAUUCCCCAGUCAUCAGCUAUCCAGUGGCAGGUCAUAGUAACCAAGCUUUGCAGUUGCAGGGUACCCAUGGCUCAAAUAGUCCACAUUAUGGCAGACAGCCUGUGAUGGUGCAGAGUGAGAGCCUUGGAUAUGGAAUUCAGCGGAGCCAUUCUUUUCAAAAUAAAAUGCAACAAGAAGGAGGCUAUCCGAGCCUCCCUAACAAAGCAGCUGUUGCACCUAACAAUUCUGGCCAUGGGUUCCAGCAGGCACCGGCUGGUCUAUAUAUGCCACAUUCCCAUCACAAACAGCCAAUCCCAAGUUCUCACCCAAUUCAUGUAAUCACCAGAGGUGCUCCAUUUAGUAAUGAAUUUUCAGACAGCCCACCCCAGGGUCUCUUAACCCCAUCUAGAAAUAGCCUGAAUAUGGACCUAUAUGAUUUGAAUAACUCUCAGAUUCAGCAGUGGCAAACAACCUCUUCCUCCUCUUCCUCUUCUUCAUCCCGUCGUGAUUCACUGCAGAGCCAAGCAUUGGAAGCCUCUCCACGGCAGCAUGUACCCUUCAGGCCAGAUGCCUGUGUCCCCAGUAGAACCAAUUCUUUUAACAACCACCAGCCACAAAUGCCUUUGAGGCAGGCUGGUUCGGGCAAAGCUGAGGCCACCAUUCCUUCUCCAAAUACCAUCACGGCUGUCACAGCUACUCAUAUUCUCCAACCAGUGAAGAGCACAAGAGUGAUGAGGCCUGAACCUCAGACUGCCGUAGGCCCCGCGCAUCCAGGUUGGUUACCGGCACAGUCCUCACCACUAGACAACCUAGGAAUGAUGGAGCAACACCCCCUUCCUGUUGGGGGAGCAAAUGCCUAUCAGUUAGAUGUUGAUUAUAGCAAUCAGGAACUCAGGUGCCCUCCACCGCCAUAUCCCAAACAUUUGCUGCUACCCAACAGCUCAGAGCAGUUUGAUAUGAACUGUUUACGUCCAGGAAUGGAACAAACCAUUCGGAGAAUCCCAAGCUCAUCAAGCAACAAAUCUGAGGAAAACGGGGAAAGGAAUGACAAAAUCAAGACAGCUAAAUCAGAAAAAGUGGGCAAGGAUAAAAAGCAAAUACAGACCUCCCCAGUCCCAGUGCGGAAGAAUGGCAAAGAUGAAGAGAAGAGAGAAUCCCGAAUCAAGAGCUACUCACCAUUUGCCUUUAAAUUCUACAUGGAGCAGCAUGUGGAGAAUGUUAUAAAGACCUAUCAGCAGAAAAUGAAUCGCCGGCUGCAGCUAGAGCAGGAAAUGGCCAAGGCUGGGCUUUGUGAAGCAGAGCAAGAGCAGAUGAGAAAAAUUCUCUACCAAAAAGAAUCAAACUAUAACAGGCUGAAAAGAGCUAAAAUGGAUAAAUCAAUGUUUGUAAAAAUCAAGACUCUAGGCAUUGGUGCUUUCGGUGAAGUCUGCCUUGCUUGCAAAGUAGAUACUCAUGCUCUUUACGCCAUGAAAACACUGAGGAAGAAAGAUGUGCUCAACCGUAACCAAGUGGCUCAUGUCAAAGCUGAGAGGGACAUCCUUGCAGAAGCAGACAAUGAAUGGGUGGUCAAGCUCUACUACUCCUUCCAAGAUAAGGACAGCUUGUACUUUGUGAUGGACUACAUCCCAGGAGGAGACAUGAUGAGCCUGUUGAUCCGAAUGGAAGUCUUCCCAGAAAAGCUAGCUCGGUUUUACAUUGCUGAACUAACUUUAGCCAUAGAAAGUGUCCACAAAAUGGGAUUUAUCCAUAGGGACAUCAAACCAGACAAUAUCCUGAUUGAUCUUGACGGACACAUCAAACUGACUGACUUUGGCCUCUGCACUGGAUUCAGGUGGACACAUAACUCAAAAUACUAUCAGAAAGGGAGUCACAUCAGGCAGGAUAGCAUGGAGCCAAGUGAUCUUUGGGACGAUGUAUCUAAUUGUAGAUGCGGAGACAGGUUGAAGACCUUGGAGCAGAGAGUUAAAAAGCAACAUCAGAGAUGCUUAGCCCAUUCCUUAGUUGGCACUCCCAACUAUAUCGCGCCGGAGGUUCUUCUACGUAAAGGAUAUACUCAGCUUUGUGAUUGGUGGAGUGUUGGUGUAAUUCUCUUUGAGAUGUUAGUGGGGCAGCCUCCAUUUUUGGCAUCAACUCCUACAGAAACUCAGCUAAAGGUGAUAAACUGGGAGAAUACUCUGCACAUUCCCUCUCAGAUUAAGCUCAGUCCUGAAGCUAGCGACCUUAUCACAAAACUCUGUUGUUCCGCUGAAGAGAGGCUUGGAAGAAAUGGAGCAGAUGAUAUCAAGGAUCACAUCUUCUUUGACUCCAUAGACUUCUCCACUGACAUCCGCAGACAGCCAGCUCCUUAUGUCCCAAAGAUCAGCCAUCCAAUGGACACUUCCAAUUUUGAUCCAGUUGAGGAAGAUGGGCCUUGGGAUGACUCCAGUGAAGACAAUGCCAGGGCAUGGGACCCUCAGGCCUCAUCUAAUGGCAAACAUACAGAACAUGCCUUCUAUGAGUUCACUUUCCGAAGGUUUUUUGAUGACAAUGGAUACCCAUUCAGAUAUCCAAAGCCUUCUGGGCUAGAUAUAAGCCAGCCUAAAAAUCCUGAUACAGAAAACAAAAAUGGGCUGGAUCAGAAUGGAGCCUGUCAACCUGUAUAUGUGUAAAUGACUGUAAAGAAUCCUAAAACAAAACUUUAUUCAUAAAUUUAGGGUCUUCCUUACAUAGUUCUUGGUUGGGAUCAGUUCCAGUUCAGGAUCAUGCAAUUCUGGGGAAAGAAAGACUUGAAAAGAAGGUUCUAAAUGCUAGCUGUUUCAGAUUUUAGGCCGUAUAGAACUGUAAAUAGCUUUGUUGAUGAGUGCACUUGAAAACCAGAUUUCAGUCUAGUUUCUAAGGCCUGGUGCGUUGCAUUCUUAACCAAUUUUUUCUUAUCUGCUGUUGCAUUUACAUGCUUCUACAGCAUUGUGCUAUUUUUUUAUUUUAAGUGAGCAAAGAGCACUUAUUUUUGUUUAUAGCAGGGUUUUUUUUCCUACUAAAUUAUAGGAAUUAACUUUGACAAAUCAUGCUGCUGUUCUUCUUUUUCUCAUUUGUUAAAAUUUGGAUCCAUCGCACUUAUGUCACAUUUUAGGAAAAUACAUAAGAUCGAAGAACAUAUGAUUAAAAGUGUCUGUGCAAUAAUAUUUAGUCAGAGGAAAAAAUGUAUUACGUCUAAUGUCCUAAAUUUACCGGUGCCAUUUUUUGUAUUCAGACCCUAAUCUUUAUGUGUAUUUUUCCACAUUUCAAAAUUCUGACACAAUUGUCGAAGCUGCUUUUAUUUCCCUUUUGAAAAAUAUGUUGGAAUUUAGUAUAAUCGUAGUCUGAGCAAGUGGCAGUCAGGAUGUGAUAUCAAUGAUUGGUGUGUGGAGAGUGCUGCAUGGCUUGUGUUAUUUUGUUUUUCUGUUUGAAAUGACCUUUUUCUUGCCAUUCACAGGCAGGUCCUGUGCAUCUAUUUUUAAUGAAGAUCUUUAAUUUUAGACCUUCAAUAGGUGUGCUGAUAAAGUAUUGUGUGGAUGGUUUUUCUAUUAUGAUUGUGUGCUAUCUAUUAUACACUAUAUUGCCAAAAGUAUUCGCUCACAACUGCUUCUGAUUAUGUGGAUGGGUGAGUGAAUACUUUUGGCAAUAUAGUGUAUGUUCUCUAAGACAAAUGGCAAAACUCUAACUCAUGUAGGGAUUGAUGGUGUGUAUAGGAGGAAGGAGAGCUUGGUUUAAUCAGUUGUUUAACUUCAUAGGAUACUUAGCCUCCUAUAAAAGGAUAAACACCAAAACAUAGCUUUCAAGAUCACUUUGUGAUCAAAGUCUAUGGCCCAUCUAUCUAGCACAAUGCACAGUAUUCAGUGUGUUUGUAAGUUGCCAUAUAGUAUUCAUGAAUAUUAUCAUUUAGUAUCUGUAUGCAGAAUUAUAUAAUGAGAAUGUUCAGUUCUCUGUGCCUUAAAAUGGAAUUAGGAGCCUUAUAUUCUUUUUUUAAAUUUAUAGGACUCUUCUAAGCUAUAAUGCUAAGUGACAAUGAAUUUCUGGAAUGUAUUGGACAUAUAAAGUUGAUUUAUUGAUUCAGAUGAUUAGGAAUAAUGUACUGACUCCAGGCAGUGCAGGGUAAUUUAGCAAGCUGUUCCUUUAAAACAGAGGUUUUCAAAACCCUGUUGUCUAAGACUCUUUUAUUGGAUAUGCUGGAGAUUGAAAAUGGGACUCUUAUCUACAAUGUAUACGCUUCAUCAACAGGUUCUUCUAGUCUUCCUUAAGGUGAAUUAUUCAUUGUUGUGAUUGCAUUUUAUGGUGGAAAAAUCAAAGUGUGCAGCUUCCUUUAAUCAUUUAAGCAAGAGUAAAGAACUUUUUCCUUCAGAUGUUGCUGGACUAAUAAUUCCCUUGUUAUCAGUUUCAUAGCACAGUCUUUAAUGAAGAAUGUUGGGUUUUAAUGAGUGCCAGCAUCUGACUUAAGCAUCUCUUGAGACCAAAUGAAUAUAACAAAUUUUGGGUAUGGUUUUUUUUGUUUUGUUUUUUUUGCCUACCCGUGAUGAUUUCCAGAUCUAGAAACUACAUACAUGAUAAAAGCAUGGAGCUGUAUUUUGUUUGAAUCUGCAGGUAAGCCCUAUGUCAUCAGUAUAAAGAAAAUCAGAGAUGGUACAAUUACAUAAUGGUUUAUCUAAACUACGUAAACACAACAAUGCUGACACUUCCAAGGGUGCUUGGAACUGUGAACUAUUAUGACCUGUUUAAGUGGAGAGAUUUAUCUUAACCAAGUAUAUACAGAACAGAAUCUAUUUAGGUGGCAGCCAUAGUUGUCUUAAGUGAUGUAUCAAAAUGUUGGUCUUGAUUAAACCUGGUC